AGCGUAAGAAGGCGUCUUCAUGACACACAUGCACAAGCAGGGCAAGUCGGCAUGAGCAUCCCAUGAAGAAGGCAGUGCAAAAUUGUCCCAAUGAGUCAGCACUUAAACCGACACCAUGCACGCACCGAGUCAUCAUUCUCUCAGCUACUGAGGCAGUCAGCUGAUGCCCAACGACACCCACUGCCCUGUCUGGUCGACGAAGCCCAGGCGGCCCUACUGGAACUGACAGUCGUCAUUGCCCUCCUCGUUGUUGAAGCCCUUGACCACCCCCUCCAGCCCGUGGGCACGCACCUCAUCCAGCCGAGCGCGAUGCACCACCUCGCGCACCCCCCGCCGCCUGUGUGUGUGGUGGGGCCCGGCGUCGACGGCGAAGCACUGCAGCUGCGGCACACGCACCGUCUGGCCGUCAGACCCCCGACUCCACCCGCCCACCACCUCCCGGUUGCUGACCGUCUUGGUCGCCGCCCACUCGACGAAAUGCCCAACGGCCCCCCGGACGCGCCGCUUGAGUGCCGACUCAUUGGUGAGGAAUUGGUCGAUGGCGGUGAGUGCGGCGGGCGGGUGGUGCAGGAAGGCCCCGAUCUUCCAUGCGAUGGCGGCCGCCUCCUGUGGUCCGAAUGAGAGUGGCGAGGGGGAGGGCGGGUGGGGGAGGGAGGCGUCCUCGUCGUUGUGAUCCACCAGAGGCAGGAUGCGCGUCAUGAGGAUGUCGGCGUCGCGCUGGGGGGCGAGGGCGGCGUUGAUGGCGCCCAUGACGACGAAGGGCAGCUCGUUGAGUACAACCACAUACUCCUUCAGCACCAGCUCACGCCGCUCGCGCUCGAUGGGUGUGGUGGUGGGCAGCACAUUUGUCGAGAGGUCGGCCCCCGCCCGCAGCAGGGACCGGACCACCAGCUUGCGGUUGCGAAUGAGCUCAGCCGUCUGAAUGAACUCAGCCGUCUGGUCCGGUAGGUUGCCGUCACCAUCCCACUGCUCAAAUAGGAAUUGCAGCCCACCAGCGGCAUGCCAGAGCUGCGGGUGACCUUGUACAGGGUUGAUGUCAGCGGGAGUGGCAAGACGCUCGCACAGAUAGUCCACCACCCAGUGGUUGCCGCAAAAGACGGCAUUGGAGAGUGCGUGGCACACUGUGGCUGCCGGUAUGGGGUCCCCGUGCUGCAAGAUGGUGUCAAUGUACUCGUAAACGAAGGCCUUGGACAGAUGGGCCAGUGAAAGAGCAGCUGAGAUCACCGCACGGCCACUCAGUGAAGGGUCAUGCUGCAUCAGUCGGCGGGCCACACCGAUGAGGGCAUCGUCAUAGGCCUGCGAUGGCCGGAGGCGAGGGAACGGGGGCAUGGGGAAGGCUACACCAUCAAGUCGGUUUGUGGCCAGCAGCACCUCCACCGCGUCAAUGUUGCCCGUCACGAACGCCACACCGAUCGGCUCCAUGAACGACCAAGAGGGAUGAUGGCGGUUGACGUUGGCCCCGCAGCUGAUGAGCGCGUCGAGUAUCUCGCGCUGCAGCUGCCGGGUCGCCCACAGUGUGAGCAGCAGGGGCGUCUUGAGGUCCGACUCCAUCCGCCACACAUAGGGAACGCUGCCGGUCGGGUCGUCAAUCGCCAGCGACAGCAGCGGCACCCACUUGGUGGACGAAUGGACUCCAAAUGCCUUAUCGCGGAAGCCGACCAGCGCGUCGGGGUCGGCUCCUUUGGUCUGGAUCAGUCGAGUGGCGAUGGCGAGCGUCAGCUCACGGCGCAGAAUGCGGUGGACGAGGCGCUUUGUGGCGGGGCUGGUGCUGGGUUGCCAGCAGAGGUCGAUGCCGUCAUUCAGCAGAGGCGGCUGGGCGGUGCUAUCCGGCUGAUCGGACAUGGUGAUGGAUGACGUCUGCAACACACAGGCAGGACAACACGCCUCAUCAAUGCUUCCCUUCAUCCCUCGUCUUACGCUUCCAAGAACCGAUCGACCAAGUCCAUCCUGAAGCAGCACGAGACCGCCAAGAAGAAGAA